GACUUUGGUCCCAAAGUAAACUUCAAACGUCAACGUGUAAAUCCCAAACGCUUUACUGGGCUACCCCCAUACAGUCAAUUCCUUCUGGAUCGUAUCAACCAAUGGAUCGAAACAAACAAAUCCAUCAUCAGCGGCAACACUUCAUUCUUUGACGCCGUUGAGUUGUGCAACCUGGAAUAUACGUCAGAUCGUGGGGCUUGUAUCGUACCUCAUUUGGAUGAUGUUUGGCUCUGGGGUGAUCGCCUGAUUACACUCAAUCUGUGCUCCCCGACUGUCCUGUGUUUCACGCUACCGACGAAUUCGAGCUCUGCUGAGGUUAUUGAAGAGCUUCGUCGGAUCCAGUCAAUCCUCGCACCCAAAUACCCCGUGAGUUUAUCCCCUAGCCUCUCCAUGUCUGCAUCAUUCAGUGCCGCAGUCAUUUUCAGUGCUUUGUCACCACGUUGCCGUUAG